AUGGAACAAUUGACAGUAGCAGAAAGAUACAAAUUAGCUAUACAACAAUAUGACAAUUUACAAAAUAUAUCUGAAAGACAAGACUCGGUGUCGUAUCAAAAACGAUUAACGAAACUUAUUUCUGAAUUUAAAUUAAUUUUACAAUUAGUGGAACAAUUAUCAUUAUUUAGUGAUAAUGAACAAAUAGAAGAAAUAUCUACUAAAUAUAUUCCAUUUUUAAAUUUAUGGUAUUAUAUUGGUGAAUUAUAUACUAAAUUAUUAAUGAAAGAUGAUGAUGAUUGUGAUGGUGAUGAUGGUAAUAUUAUUAUUAAUUUAAAUUAUAAAUUUGAAAAUUUAAAAUUGGGUCAAAGAUUUAUAUUCACAUAUUUAGAAAAUUUAAUGAAUUACGAUGAUAUUUUAACAUUGGAACAAUCUAAAAAAUUAAAGAUUUUACUCAAAGGUGAAUCAUAUCAAUUAAAUCCUAUGAAUAAACGUCAAGAAAAAAUUGAUAAUUAUAAAUUAGAACAAGAAUUAUUGAAAAAAUUAUCAAUUCUUAAUCAAGAAGAUCAAAAAGAGGAGGAUAUUAAUAAAUUUGAUGAAGAAAUUAUAAGGACAAUUUAUUUAGAUCAAUUGAAAUAUUUUAUUUUAAAAUCGUUUAAUUUAUUAGAAUCGAUAAAUAUGGAAUUACAAGUUUUACAACAUCGUCCAACAAAUGAUGAUCUCAAUUCUUCUUCGUCUACAUCUUCCAACAGAUUAGAAACCCAAGAUUCAAGAUCGAAAAACAAGAGUAAAAAAAAUGGUGGUGGUGGUGAUGGUGGUGACGACGACGACGACGAUGAUUAUGGAUUUACGACAAAAUUAGAAUCAAUACCAAAAAUAUCAUAUCAAGUUUCUGAUUUAAUAAAUAAACAAGGGAAGAUUUUACAACCAUUUACAAUCACUUCUCAACGACAAAAAUUAAAGGAAAAAGUAUUUGGUACGGGUCAAAUACUACCUUCUAUGACAGUUGAAGAAUAUUUGGAUUAUGAAUUAGCUAAUGGGAAAAUGUUAAAAGAUGAAGUUAAAGAUAAUAAUCCAGCAAAUAAAGAUGAUAAUGAUAGUGAUACUGAAGAUUCUGAAGCUGAAGAAGAAAAAAGACGAUGGGAUGAUUGGAAAGAUGAAAAUCCUAAAGGUGCUGGUAAUAUGAAAGCUAAUAUUGGUUAA